UUUUUUCUCUCUCUCUCCAGAAAGCACAGUGUCUCUGACGAAGGGGGAGAGAAAGAGAAAGAAAGAAAGAGACGGGCUGCCUCCAGGAUUCUCUUCGAGCCAAGCUGGGAAUAUAGUCCUUGAUAUUUUCAGCGCAGCUUUUCAAAUGCAAUUAGAAACAUAGAAUAUUUUCUACUAACGGGCAAAGGGAAAGAGGAAGAGGAGAACUGUACAUCUUCCACCGCACAGGAAAUUGUGAGAUUGUCUUUUGACUUAGACGGUGCUGCACAUUAUUUUGAGAUUGUCCCUCUUUUACCCUCUCUUCCCCCCUCUCUCUUGUUUUUUUUAAACUUCCAACUCCGAUCUUCAUCCAUCCCACACCUUUUCCUUGGCUAGAAGGUUUGCUUGGAUUGUGUGGUUUGUUUUGGAGAAAACUGUUCGAUGAGGAGCACCUGAACUAUCUCUUCUCCUCUGGAAGUGGCAGAUGAUGAGAUGUGUUGCUGCUGUUGUGUAUUCUAGCUUUUUUUAACAGGGAUUUUUUAAAAAUUCUCCUCUUUGCUUCCCUCCCAAGAUUCUUCUCCACUCUGGAAGUCAGUCUCCGAGAGAGAGGAGGCAGUUUCAAUGGUGAACUGGGGUGGUCUACAGAUGGAACGCGGUUAUAUUUUUGGAUUCUGUUGCUUAGUUCUCUUAGAUCCAGGACAGGUUUGGACUGGAGCUCCCAGUACCCAGAAACCUGAGUUGGAGAUGCAGAUGGAGAUCAAUGGAAACACCACUUCGGGUCCCGCCUUAGAGGACACAGCUGUGGCCCCUACUGAGGCUAUACCUGGGGGUGAUCGGUGCCUUGGUUACUAUGAUGUUAUGGGCCAGUGGGAUCCUCCAUUUAACUGUAAUUCAGGGAUCUACAAGUUUUGUUGCGGGACCUGUGGGUAUCGCUUCUGCUGCCAGUUCACAAGUGGGAGAUUGGACCAGAGUGGCUGCUCCAAUUAUGAGACACCAGAAUGGGUCAACACAGGCCAACCACCCCCUCGAGUGGAUGAGACCCCUGAGAAUCCUGCCAGAGACAAGACCAACAUGAUUGUAUACAUUAUCUGUGGUGUGGUAGCCAUCAUGGUGCUGGUGGGCAUCUUUACCAAGUUGGGGCUGGAGAAAUCGCAGAGCCCACAGGCCGAGAUGACCAUGUCCAGGACACUCACAGAUCUCCUGAAGCAGCCAGGAUGUGGCUCGUCUGACCUCUUGCCUGAUGGCCACAUUGGCAGCGUGCAGGUCCAGAUUGGCGAUGGGCUUUCUCGGGGAUCUCCCAGGAAUAGCACAGACAAGAACCACUUGAACAAUGCCAUCAUCAACUCGUCCACCGUCCCACAGGUUGGGCUGUCACAUUCACACAACAACCGGCUGCAGAUGGCAAGCACCAUGCCGCACCAGGCACCAGACUAUGCCAAGUACGCAACUCUUAAGGCAGUAGAAAGCGCUCCUGAGGAAUUCUACAAGAGGUUCCCCAUGGUGGACAUGCCGCCAUCAGGCACUCUGUCCUUCCCUCCUUUGACGCUACAUCAGAAAGACAUUCCACCUUUCCAGGAUGGCUGUGCCCUGAUUGGCUUGGCGACACCCGGACAAAAGGCCAAAGUGAUGAAAACCAACGCCCACACCCUGGCGAGCAGCCCUGCCUUCAAAGGCAGCUGGGAUCACAGCCACCCCGACCUGCGGCGACAGGCCUACACCACCAAACGUCAGUUCAGCAUCGAGAAGCUGCCCGAAGUCUUCAGCCAAACGCCCACCCACUAUGUCCAGCAGCAGAGGCCCUUUUCCACCAACAGCAAGACAGAGGUCACUGUCUAGGGUGGUCCCUCCUCUCUUUCUUGUGUCCUCCCCUUAGUCAAGCAGCCUGUGAGGCGAGGUCUGCCUUGCUAAGCUGGGACAGAGUUACUAGCCUCUCCAUCCUGCCAGCGCUAGGUUCUGUGAGGGAGCGAGGACAGCGGAAAGGAAGGAAGAAGGGCCACCAGCACUGCUGGGCCAUCCGCGGCUCCCAACAGAACUUCCCGUUCGGUGUGGCCCUCUUGUUUUUUGCAUCCUUGACAGAACUUGGCCAGCAUGCAUGGUGAAACCGGCAGGCAUGUUGCCCCGUGACUUGAUGCACGACUGUUGUUUCUACUUCACCUCUUCAUCACAUCACCGCAUUCGCACCAGAAUGGUCGGCAUCAUCAGGAAACGUAGAGGAGAACUCCACUACCGUUCAGUACGGAGGUGCAUCACAGAGGGAGGGGGGAAAUAUGUAUCUUCCUUUACCACCCCCCGCCCCACCCCCAGCAAGGAAAGGCCAUCAAUGGUGAGACAAAAGAGGAGACAAACUGUUGCAAUAAAUAACCAGUACAUCGUGUUUGAACAUUUGCCCUGUAUUAUAUUCCUCCAAUGACUUUCCCUGUGGUUAAGCCAUUUUUUGAAAAGAGGGUUGGGGUGGGGGGGACACGCAACAAUAAAACAGAAACAAACUGUUGUUUAAUAGGGGAACUGCCAAGGGCUGGAAGAAAAAAAAUAUACACAGUUCCCUUCAUGCUUAGCUUGAUCCUUUUUACUCCUCCAGCAAACUUCUUGAUUUAAAGCCUCUUGUUAAUGUUUCUUGUUCCAUAUAAAUCUUCUCUGCUACUGACAUGUCUUGCCUACCACUGGUCAGAGAACAACUAUUGUGGGCCGUACAUAAAACAAGGCAAAAGUGGGUUGAGCAAAUCUGAGGCAUUGCUCCAUGGGGGGAUUUUCCCCACCCAAUUGUGAGAGAGGCUGGUGUUGGACGCCUGGCAUGAAGGUUCUGAGGACACUGCCAUGAAUGGUGUGUGGUUGUGUGAAUGCGUGUUUGUUC